GAGUCACUCAUUUUGGAUAAUACUUAAAAUAAUAUUAUCUAAAGUAAAUGCGUGAAACGAACUACGCACGUUAUGACAGACUAGGCGGAUUGACAGGUGUGCGAGUGAAAAGGAAUAUCGUGUUUAUUUACGUUCGCCAGUCAAUCGCACGCGAAUCACAAUAGUCAUUACGCACAAAAGGCAAAAAUUCUCAGUGUAAUGCACUUUAUAAAAUUCUGAAGAUGUUUUGGUACCUGCCAUGGUCUGAGAGCAUCAAAAAACGUGCCUGCAGAUAUCUGCUACAGAGGUAUCUAGGCAAUUUUCUUGAAGAGAAGCUAACUCUGGAUCAGCUGAGUGUCGAUCUAUACAAUGGUACUGGAACCGUUUGCGAUGUUAGCCUUGACUGCGAGGCACUCAAUGAACUGGGAGACUCUCAGAACUGGCCCCUGGAAAUAGUUGAUGGUUACAUGCAAGAGAUAACUGUUACCAUUCCAUGGUCUACAUUGCUUAAAGAUGACUCUAUUGUUGAAGUCAAUGGACUCUCACUCACCGUGCAACCGAAAGUACGGGCUGAGCCAGUAUCGUCGAUGCUGGAGUCUAUGUGGUCGUCUAUGUCUUCCUCCAUGCAGCUGGCCGCGGAAUGUCUCAGAGAUGAAGAUGGCCCACAAGAAUCACAUCCUGUUGAAGGAAUUGAAAUGUUCGCACACGCCAUAGAUUCAAUAUUAUGCCGAGUAAAGGUUAAAUUCGUUAACACGAAAAUAAGGAUAGAACAUGUGCCAAAGAACGGCGAUCGAGGUAUAGCUCUUGAAAUCCACAUAAAAAGCAUUGACUAUUUUGAUGAGGCGGGCUCAGAGCCGACACCGGAAGUGACAGAUCCGGACAAAACAAAAACCUACAUAGUAGCAACAUACACAAACAAAAAAAUCAAAUUCGAAGGGGUCACGUUGUACACCGAUGAGUUCCCAUCGAAACUACGCACCAUGGCGCGGAGUUUGAUAAUGGAGAAGUCAGCAUCGUCUCACACCGACAAGACAGAUCCCAGUCAGACUGAAACUUCGGAAUUGAACUACCAGAGUACUGCGUCAGAUGUAUUCUAUGAAACUCGAAGUGUUAUAUCAACAAUAGAACCUGACCCGUUAGAAGAAAUACUUACUGAAGCCAAAGUGACUAUGGAAUCUAGAGAGCUUACUCCAGAAGAGAAGGUAGCUCAGCCUGAUCCAAUUCUCUUUGCGAAGUUAACCGGUCAGCAAGAGUUGGCGUUGAAGAUUAAGCAUACGGAAGAAGUGGAAGGACCGAAGGUGGAGAUUAAAAUGCUGUUGGGGUCUUUUAUAGCGUUUAUAUCGCCGAGGCAGUUGCAUACUUUAAUUGAAUUAGUGGAUGCGUUAAAUCAACCACAUUUAGAAGACACAAGCAACAUACCUCUACGUCCAAGUGGAAUGAAUAUGCAAUGCAAGCCGAUGAGACAAGCCGACUUCCAACUCAUAGAGGCUCAGCUGCUCGGAAACUUGGAGAGACAGAACAGCAGGCCGACUGGCAUGCACGGCUGGUCGGGACCUAGCUUCGAAGACAGCGAGUCCGAAAACGAGAAGUUCCACCCAAUGACCUCGGGUGGUAAUCAGAUGGGUGAGAGUUUCUCAUCAACCGUGAGCUCUAUGAGUGCCAGCAUGUCCUCCAGUAUGAACCUACCCACUGCUCAACCCAGGAUCAAAAGAAAUAAAAGAGUACCGCACAUCGACGGUGACCCGACCGCGGAGGUGUCUCACAUCAGUUUCAGAAUCGCUUCUGUGUCCUGCGUUCUUCUACACAAGGAUAUCCUUGUGCCAUCUCCCAUUGGAUCUGAUUGUAUAUCACCGAGCAGCGCCAAGAAGAUGCUAGUAGCCGCUAAAGACUUCUUCGAACACUUGCACUCAUUUCCAUUCGUAGAAGGAGACGUGUUCAGUUCGACUAAUGCUGCUAUAGACAGUGCCACGGAAAGAAAUCAUUUGAGGCUCCUAGCAUCCGAGAUAACAGUGGAUGGAAGUGAGAAAGUGACGUCACACGGCAGCCAGACCGUCUGCGAGGCGGCCAUACGGCAUCUACUGCUGAGGGAGUGCCUCUACUACCCCACCGAGGACGCGGACACCAAGCCGAGGGCCUAUGACUUGAUACGGUUUGAGUGUAAAGAAGACGAUGAUACUGCUAGUCAAAGGAGUUCAACACUCUCCUCGCGGGCCAACGUGAGAGUCAACUUCAAACAAGUAUCAAAAUACAUACGAAUAUCAGGAGAGAAGAAACUCGCCUACCCUACAACAGAUAUCGUGGUAAAAUGCACUCCAUUCUACCUGGACGUAGAGUUGACAGUGAUAGAGCGGAUGUCGGCGACGUUCUUCGGCGGGCCGCCCUCCCCGGCGAGCACGCCGGCCGCACCGGUCACGUCGCAGAACCAAUUCAACUUUACUCUACAGUGCCCCAACCUACACGCUAUACUCAGAUUCCCGAUAGCAGAUCUCCGUCCGUGCGUGAACCGUGAAACUCGUCGGGUGCGACCGGAUUACCUCGUGUUUAAGUUCGAGAACGCCACAAUUAACUGUCAGCAGGCGCCGAGCGUUCGCCCCUUGCCAACUACCGUCACCUUCAAGUCUACCACGCUGGAUUUAUAUUAUCAUGAAAAUGACAGCCUGCCUGGCACUCAUAUAGCCCGCACCACCAUGGACGAUAAUCCACAAGAGAGCGAUAUACUACGAGGGCACGUGACUUCAUCACCAUUGCCAACAAUAUCGAUAACAUUCAAGCCGCGGAACAACAACAAAGGCCCGUUCGAUGUAUUGACAGACGAACCACGCUUCGAGACGUCACACAACCCGAUGACUACAUCAAUGUACAUCAUGACCAACCUGCAUAGCUCGCAACCGAGUCCGUUUAGUGGGAAGAAAAUGGCGCACCAAAGUGUUACGAAACACGAGGGUGGGCCGAAACAAGGUCAAGAAGAAGAAAUAAUAGUGCCAGGAAGCGAAGAAGAGAUGACGGAGUUCACAAACAGCUCCAUAGACCUGUCAUCGAUACAUCUCGAGUUCAAUCUGCCCAUUCUGAGUUUGCAACUUGAAUCUAAACAACUAUACGAAAUAAUCUACAACCGCAUCAACUCAGACCUCUUGCUGUGGGAGCCUCAGAUCGUCGACCAGUAUGAGAUCAGCCCGCUAGCCUGUGGUCCCAUCAACCCUACCUUUGGCGUCUGCAAAGGCAGUGGAUAUGAUAGCGAUACGGACAGUUCAUCGUCCGAAGAAGACAAUUUAUAUUACUCGACGUAUGAAAAUAAAGUAAAAAAAGGACUGACCGCAAACAAAGUCGUGCACACUAAUAAAGAGACGCACAACUUCUGUCUCACUUUUAAAGUCGAUAAAGGCUUGCUGACCAUCUAUGCACCAGUUAGAGAUACCAACAAGCGAGUAGUGCCCGGACAAAUGGGCGAGCUGGUGCUCGAGGCUCACAGGCUGUCCAUGUGCCAGGUCAGCGGACUGCACGGGAAACCCAAGACUGCGCAGCUGUGUCUCAGAGCACUCAAUACUACACUGUACCAUGAAUCUCUAAUAACAAUCCCGGCAGACAAGCCACCACUAAGAAUGUACGGCACACUCUUACCUUCGUAUCUAAAGAGUACUAUAUACCCCUCUGGCAAGGGGAUUAUUAUAAAAGAACGCCUGCCCAAGAAGGACAUGUUCACCCUCGCACUCAAAGUGGACCCUGAUUCGGAAACACCAAAUUUAAAGACCAUCUGCAUAGCUCUCGGGAUAGAGCAAGCUACUCUCCGACACAGAGGCGAUAAGGGCAUCGCCUGGCUCACACAACUGAUGGAUGUCAUAGACGUACUCGACUACCCCGUGCCUGGGUACACCCCUUCCACAGUACUCUCUGAGUUACACGUGCAUGUGUUUGACUGCGCUAUCGAUUACCGGCCCCUAUACCUACCAAUACGAACAGUUAUAACACUGGGUAACUUCAGCGUGUCUAGCAACUUGAUAGCCGCCACCAACACGUCCUGCCUUCGAUUCCUGGCGCAGGAGUGUACCUUAUUCCUAUACCAUUUGCACAACACCAAGCCGAAUGUAGUACCGCAAGACGAUGAUAAACUACCUGAUGUGAACAAAGACUACGUGUGUGUUGUCGAUGUCGGAUUGUUCGAGUUGUCUUUGAGGAUGGAGGAUAAGACUAAUAGUUCAAACGAGCAGCCGCAGGUGGAUCUGAGCGCGUCGAACAACAUGGUGACGGUGCACACGUGCUGGGACUCGGCCAGCGCCCUGUGCCGCCUCGUCACGUACGUGGCCUGCGACGGAGACUCGCAGCCGCCCUUCGACCCCUCCUCGCGGCACACCAGCAUCUGCUCCGACCAGCCGUUGGAGACUUUAGUCGGUAUAGACGACAAGCCAAUAGAAGAAAUCCGGGAGCUGUCGCCCAGUGAAAUACAACAAGUCAACGAUCUCAUGGCGGAGGCGAUGAAAGAAAGCCCCAACACAACACUCGAUGAGGACGAACUAAACAGUUCAACAGAGAAAGAAGGCGUUGAGAUAUUCUUCUUCCCCGACGAGUCCAACAUGAAACAGAGACCAGUGGAAGGCGUGGAAGCCGACGAGCCUAAAUCCAUGGAGUCCAUGGACCAGAGCAUCACGAUAGAAGUGCCUGAGUUCAAAUCCACGAACACACAAGUCGCGAAGGAGUUAGGAGAUCCCACGGCAUCGCCUAAGUCAACGCCGCGGAAAUCUAAAAGGAAAAAGGUAAAAUCCGGAGGAGACGGCAGCAACACAGACGAUGAGUACUGCUUCGUAGAGACGCAAGGGUACAGCCAGGACAACGAUCUAGACGAGCCUACUGUGAACUGGAUGGGGCCCGGCCCGGUAUACAUGUUCGACAAUCACUUUACUGUACCAGCUGCUAGGACUGAUGUGCUGAAGGCACCUAAGAGCUUCCCUCUGCCGAUGCUAAGGUACACAUUAUGCGAAAUGAGUGUAACGUGGAACAUGUAUGGUGGGACGGAUUUCCGCACGGCCGCCGAGACCGCGUCCGCCAAGAAAACCGUCACUAUUGAAGGCGACGCGAGGAAACAAGGCUCGCCUACCGCAUCUAAACGCAGCUCGGAGUACUCGCCGUACGCGCCGUACGAGAGCAGCGCGGCGACGUACCGCGCGGGCGCCGUGCGCUGGAGCGCCACGGGCGAGCGCGCGCGCGCCGCCCCGCGCGCCGCACACGCACGCUCUCGCGGCGGGCGCCAUCGGGACCACCACACGCGCGUCAAACUCUGCUUGCACAAGGUAAAGUUUCAAUACGAGAUAUACCCGCCGGGCGGCACGCACGCGUCCCGACAGACGCUGGCCAUCAGCAAGAUCGAGGUGCUGGACCAGCUGGUGUGCAGCGACAUCAACAAGCUGCUCAGCCAGUACAAACUCAAGGACGAACCAGAGAGGAAGAACGCGCACAUGUUGAUAGUGAAAGCUGUACACCUGCGGCCGGAGCCGGCGUUGUCUGCGCAGGAGUGCUGCCUCAAGGUUUCCCUUCUGCCACUUUGGUUCAAUCUCGACCAAGACACGUUGGCCUUCCUCGUGUCAUAUUUCUCCAAGCUCGGAUCUGAUGAGACCAACGCGGACGAUGAUUCUAAAAGCGUGGGAGGUCUAUCGACGGACUCUAGCGGGUCGCGGCAGACGACGCCCACGCACCGGCCGCCGGUCAUGAGCAUCGCCAGCCAUCUGAAGGACCCCCCACCGACCCCCACUUCUUUAGGAGACGCCGAUGCUUUGUCACUCAACGAAACUGUUAUGCGCGAUGAUGAACCGUUAAUGGAGACGUAUGAAGCGGAGAGGCUAGUGUCGGAGAACUUGAUACAACUGGAGGAGGAUUUCAACAAGCUCGGCAUCCAAGAAAAACCGGCUACCAAACUGCCAGUGGACAGUGAACCUAUUGAUGACUCCCCUAUAUACUUCAGACGCGUGGUAUUCUCGCCGGAGGUACCGAUACGUUUGGACUACGUCGGUAAGCGCGUCGACUUAUCUGCCGGGCCAGUAGCUGGCCUACUAAUGGGCUUGGGCCAGCUGAACUGCUCCGAACUUACGCUCAAGCGACUUGACUACAAACUUGGUCUACUGGGACUGGAGAAACUAGUCCAUUGGGCUCUGCAUGAAUGGCUAUCCGAUAUCAAGAGACAUCAGCUGCCCGGCCUGCUUAGCGGUAUCGGGCCCAUGCAUUCACUCCUUCAACUAAUAACUGGUAUCCGCGACCUGGUGUGGCUGCCGGUGGAGCAGUGGCGGCGCGACGGGCGGCUCGUGCACGGCCUGCGGCGCGGCGCCGCCUCCUUCACCGCGCGCACCGCCGUCGCCGCGCUCGACAUCACCACGCGCCUGCUGCAUCUCAUACAGGCAACCGCGGAGACAGCGUUCGACAUGCUGACGCCAGGCCCGACGCUGCAGCUGCAGGACGCGUACGAACGACGCGAGCGGCGGCGACGGCGCCGGCGCGACCCCUCGCGACACCCCACCGACAUACGGGAGGGCGUCGCCAGCGCAUACGAGACUGUUAGGGAGGGUUUCGCGGAGACGGCGGCGACGAUGGCGCUGGCGGCGCGCUGGUCGCACGGCGUGGGCGUGCUGCGGCACCUGCCGGGCGCGGCGGUGGCGCCGCUGGCGCUGGCGGCGGCGGGCGCGGCCGACGUGCUGGGCGGCGUGCGCGCGUCGCUGGCGCCGCACACCAAGCGCCGCCGCGCCGACAAGUGGCGCGCGCCGCCCGACCCGCCCGAGCCGCCGCACCACCACCACCGCGCGGCACAUCUCGCUGCAGACGCUACCUUAGAUUAAGAUGAAUUUUAUACAUUGAUCUCCUUUUCUGUAUACCGUCUUUAUUGUCUUGAAACCAACAGCCUUAGACUUUGAAAUGUUAUAUUGGCCUAUAUAUGUGCUAUUUAGACCCAAAGUAUAUCGAUAGCUCACGUUUAUUUCGACUGCCACAAGCAAGUUUAUUUUUAAGUCCACUGAGUUUUUAUCGCUAUACUUCUACUUAAUAUAUUGCAUUGAAUUAUUCGCUUGGCAACACAGGUAAAUGUUAGUGAACAUUUCGUACAGUUGUUUCUCAGGAUGGGGUCAUAUUUCAUAUUAUUUGUGAUACCGAGGACUUAGUGAUAAUAAGGAUUUUACAUGUGAUGUAUUUUUAUACGGAGUUACAAACUUCACAAUAUUAAAUGUUUACCAACUGAUUUCCCGUGUUUAUUGAUAAAAGUUAUUUCGAUUUCAAAUGUUAUUGACAAGGAAACUACACAUACAAAUACAUGUUCUACAAAGUUGUAGAAAUAGCAUUUUCUGAUUUAAAUACUUCGGACAGAUAUAAUUUGUAAAAAAUAUAUUUAUGCUUUUUAUUAGCUUGGCGAUGUCUGCUUAGCUUAAUAAUAUCUGUUAUUUUCAAACAGCAUGGAAGAAUGGUAGAGAACUACAUAUUUGCAAAUAUUUAUAAUAGUUGCUAUGUAACUCGGUAUAUUUUUAUACUUCGAUAGUGAUAUUAGUAGAUUUAAAUUAUAUUGUAAUUCUACAGUAGGUAAGUCACUUAUAACAAUAUUGAAAAUAUUAAUAUUUUAUUUCACCAACAGUCAAUUUUAUGUUUUUUAUUAUUUCAUAGACAUAUAUGACAAGUUGAAUAAUCAUUUAUAACGAAUAUUUUUGGUAUUUAUAUUGGAUAUUCGCUCAAUUAUAUUGUGUUGGAGUGUGAUCUUUCUAAAUAACGAUAAGUAUGAAGGCAAUAAACCAACAAAGUAACACGGAUUGAAACUUUCCAAAUAAUUUGAAACAAGAACAUAGAACUAAUUACUUCAAAAACUAAUAUUUAUUGUAAUAUGCAUCGAACAGAAGCUCCGAUAUCGAAUAUCUUUAAAUGACAAUUUAUUAUCAAGUUUUAAUACUCAGAAUCGUAGCUACAAACGGAUAGUGGGGUGCGCGAGCCUCAAAAUGUAAUAAAUUCACUAAAUUUAAACACGAAUACUAAUCAUUUUGUAAUAAUUUAGCUACGACACUGUUAGUACUUUAAAAUACAUAUCAAAAUUGCAACGUUUAUUGCCAAAUGAUUAUAUUUUCGAAUAUUUUUUCAUAUAAUCUUCAAAAUACAUGGUUACUGCUCAGAAUAGAUUUAGAAAAUUUUGUAAUGCUUCUCGUUCUAAAACUGUGGUGCUUGAGUUUUAAAACAUUCUAGCAUUUUAGAGCAUUUAGUGGCUUAUCCAGUAGAUUUAUAUGAGGUGUAAAUAUUUUUACGUAAUAUUGGAAUGAUAAUCGGGUGCCAUGACACGGAACGUAAAAAUGUAAAAGAAUGCAUUGUUUUAUUUAAUUUUAUAAAAACAUGUAGCUGGUGAUGACGGAAUUGUUAUAGAUUUAAUUUAAUUUACUGAACAUACAAUUAUUCCUUUGUUUACAUUUACGUGUGUGAGUCCUAAGUUAUAUAAUAUAACGCUUUCCAUGCGACAGGGAGAACAAUUUUAUCCUUUUGAUAUUAUAAUUACAAAUAAAUGUACCAACUGCAAA